AUGCCUGAAGGCUCGCACGUCUCUUGGCCCGUGAUCAUCGUCACAGUGGAAGAACACAGUGUUUGUCCGUGCGCCCGAGAACCAAAUGCAUCCACCCUCGCUGACAUUCUACCCCCGAAUCACCCACCAUCGCCCCUAGGCGUGGAGGGCAGUGGAGGACGGUGCUCACCAGAGUGUUGUGAAGAUAUGCUCCUCGGCACCCAAAACCACUGCGGCGCCAAUCUGGCUAACUCGAAGGGCGCCACGGAUUUCUCAAUUGCGGCAAUCAUGGCUCGGGGACCCUCAAGUCGUGAACCUUCGGAACGAAGUAUUAGUCCAAUUUCCGUUGAUCGCUUUCCGGAAGGUGACGACGAUGUGGACGUCGAUGUGGAACAGUGUAGUGAUUCAGAGGGCCCUCCGAGAACACCCCGAACGUCAAGUGCUGCACUGCCAACACCGCCAAGUCCCUCCGAUGAGGACAGAUUGUCCCCCGAGCCAGUUCAGACACGACCUGGCUUAUUGGGAUCAUGUAACUGUGAUGAAUUACGGCCCGUCCAAUGUCAUUUGGAAACAAAAGAGUUAUGGGAUAAAUUUCACGAAUUGGGAACAGAAAUGAUCAUCACGAAAACUGGAAGGCGGAUGUUUCCCACGCUGAGGGUGUCGUUCAGUGGGCCGCUGCGCCAGGCCCAACCCGCCGACAGGUACGCUGUGCUGCUGGACAUCAUAGCCGUGGACUGCCGACGAUAUCGCUAUGCAUAUCACAGAUCGUCGUGGUUGGUGGCCGGCAAGGCUGAUCCGCCGCCACCGCCGCGGCUCUACGCGCAUCCCGACAGCCCCAUAAGCGCCGAAGCACUCCGCAAGCAAGUGGUGUCGUUCGAGAAGGUCAAGCUGACCAACAAUGAGAUGGACAAGAAUGGACAGCCUUUGCAAUAUUCUACACAACAAAAGUUAGCAAAGAUUGUCUUGAACUCCAUGCACCGAUAUCAGCCGCGGAUACACCUGGUGCGCCUCGGUCCUGGCCAGAACAUUCCCGUCUCGCCCAAGGAGCUGCAGGAGGUUGAGCACAAGACGUACGUGUUCCCAGAGACGGUGUUCACCGCCGUGACCGCCUACCAGAAUCAACUAAUAACCAAAUUGAAGAUCGACUCGAAUCCAUUUGCGAAAGGAUUCAGGGACUCGUCUAGACUUACGGAUUUCGACAGGGAUCCCAUGGACGCUCUGCUGCUGGAGCAGCACCUCCGGACCCCGCUGAGACUGUUUCCGGAGCCCCUGCUGCCGCAGUUCCCGCAGGACGCUGACGGAGCGGCGCUGCUGGAGAAGGCGCGCCAGCAGUUGCAGAUCUGGGGCCGAUCGCCGUACACGGAGCUCCUGCUGCCACAGGUAUACCAGCGUCCCGGACUCGGGGCCCUGAAUCUGGGGCUGUGGCAGGGUCAGUGGCCGCCGCAGCUCUCGGCCGGCUUUCUCAGUUCCGCCGCGGCGGCCUCGCGAACCCCGCCACCCUCCGUCUCCACGCCCUCCAGCUCGGGCUCCCCGUCGCCCGACAUUCGCGCAAAGCAUUUCUCACGCUUCAGCCCCUACCAGGUGCCACCCCACCAUCCGCCCGCCGCGCGCAGCCCACCCAAUUAGCGGCGCCCACCAGAGGCCCGGCUCAGGGGCUACUGAACACGCGCUCACAAGUUCCCAAAGACAAACAUUAUAUAUCAUCUUUCCUGUGAAUAUUCAAUAGCGAACUGUAAUUUAUUUUUGUAGGUGUAUUUCUCACUGUACAUAGAAGGGUAAUUUCAGCGUAACGAAAAUCUCAUUGUAAUAUGUGACUCCCCAGCCCGCGCGAUCCACUUAUGGGAGUGAAUUUUACUGAUAAGCAAAAUUCAUUGCAUUCGCAGGAUGCACUUGAAAUCAUCCCCUUAGAAUUCCCUCGAAAAAAAAUAAAAAAUAUAUUGUGUGACAUCCGUGAAUACAUGAGCAAAGAAACGGCUUCAUAACCAUUAAUGUUAUGGUUUGAGAUGACGUAGGAAAAGUGAAGGAAUUUUUCAAAAUUUAUUUAUCAAGUGACAUGGAAAGUAAACUGUUAAUAAAUUAGCUAAUAGUAUCUAUACUCAUACUAAAACAAGGAAAAGAAGAAACUUAAUGAAAUCUAGAGCAUCAGUAUUACGUAUGUUUAAUGUAUAAAAAAAAUGAGAUAAAAAGCAGAAGUGAAAGAGAAAAGAUUGCAGAGAUAAAAUGUAUCUUUUAAUUUAUAUUGUGGAUAAUCGUGUAGCAAAACAAUUUGAGAGUUAUGGCAAUACGUGUUUCUUUUCCCUGUGUAUAAAUAGUUGAAAAUAAAACUAAAUGGUAAUUUAAUAUUUUGUAAAUAUUAAAUUAUGACAAAUUGUCUUUGAGAGAAGUACGUUGUUUUUUGCCACAUUGGAUCACUAUACUGAUUACUAAUAUAUCCAUAUGAAUGUGACGCGAAACGAUAUAACAUUUUGCUCCAAUUGACAGGUUAUGAGUGGAUAAAAAAAAGAUAUUAAGAAUAUUCACAUUUAAGGAGGUCAAUUAAUAUGUGUCUCUCUUUUUUACUCCAUUUCUCUGUUGUUAGUUCAAAUUCAAAUUGUUUAAUAGAACUCCAAUUUUUUGUUCAAUGUUGAACUCAUAAUUGGACCUUUUUUGUACUUCAUUCACAGCCACGCAGUUGAGCGCGCAAUGACAGAUAAAAUUAGACACGGUUUGUCAAUGUGAAAUUAUCGUAUAUAUGAAAUAACAUAACAAACAAGUGUCGCGCAAGAGAGAAAAGAAACAAUUUAUAGUGAAAAAAAAAAUUGUAUUAUGGAAUGAUAAAUGUGUAAAUAGUGAAAUAAAUUGCCUAUAUAGUACUUGAAAUACAAUUAACUGUGGGAUGUAAAUUAUAAUUAAUAUUACUAUAUAUAAAUAGAGAAAAGUAUAAUCAAUAAAAUAUUUAA